AUGCGACUCACAGACAAGGCGCUGAAGCCUUCUACAGCACGGCGAUCCUCGACAUCCACCCCUCGAGAGAUACCAACCCCUGCCUCUCCGACCGCCGGCCAGCCUCCCGUCAACGGCGACGGAAACACCAAUGGCACGACGACAGACGCCACAAAAGGUUCAACAGAAGGCGCGAAGCCUAUUCCUGUGGGACGUCCUCCCAUAGGCAGAAGUCCGUCGAACGAGAAGUCGGGUCCCAACGGCACUCCGCCCACCCGCCGCAACUCGUGGUUUUCCAAUAUUUCUUCCAAGUUUUCCUCUUCUCCGAACAACAACAAUAACGCGCAAGCGAACCAACAGCCCCAGAACACUCCCCCAAAGGAUUCAGGUCCGGUGCCUCCGAAGGUGACUCCUGCGAAGAAUGCAGUGCUCCCGCACGCUGCCAAGUACGAUGGGGACCAGCCAUACACACCAGCGCCUCCCGGCCGCGGCCAGGCUGGCUUCCUUGGAGUCUUUCGCCGAUUGUCUUCCUCGGGCGGUGUUUUGGGACCAGGCGCGAAGGGCACCCAUGGGCUGGUCGAGCGAAAGGUACUGAAUAUUGACCGCAAUCGCGAGCGCUGUCAGAUUUCGGACUUGCACCAGGCGAAACUUCGAAGGGUCGCAUUCAGCGUCGAUGUUGAAAUCGCGCCAAUGCCAAAGUAUGUCGAUACGGAUACGCCAACGAAGAAGCCCCUUGAGAAGUCGAAGACCCGGAAAGUGACAGAAAAGGGUGAGGGUGAGGCGCUCAAGAACCCAAAGUCGCUCGAGGAACAAAAGGAGCGCGACGGAGUCAUCCACGAAACAGGCGAGCCCGUACCCAAGGAGCCAGAAAGGGAAGGAACCGACCCGGCCCAGGAAAAGAAGGACGGCGAAGUUACCACUGCAAACCCACUCACGGAAAACAAGGAGAAGGAUACCAAGAAGAAGGAGAAGAAAAAGAAGAGCGAAGAGGAGAGGAAAGCUAGGAAAGAGAAGAAGAGGAAACAAGCCGAGGCCAAUGGCACGAUCCCAAUGGAGAUUCAUGUCGACGACAGCGACUCUUCCAGCGAAGGCACGCCAGCUGCAACACCAAAGACAACAGCAUCUCCCACGACAAACCCGGUUAGGAUAUACCGGCGCUGUUGCCAGUUGAGAGAAACGCCGAUCCUUAAGAAGAUCACCGAGCAGCUGAGCAGCCCUUCAAAUUGCUCAUCCGACAUCGGCAUGGUGCAAAAGCUGGACCUCACAGGCUACUGGCUCCAGCUGCCAGACCUCGUCACUUUGGGAGACUAUCUAGCCGUCGUCCCGGUCAAGGAGCUCAUUUUGGAGAACUGUGGCCUUUCAGACGAGGGGUUGAGAGUCAUCCUCGCCGGCCUGCUGGCUACAAAGAAGCCCGAAUCUAGGCGGCGGAAGCACACCCAACCUGAUGGCCUCACAAUCCAGGGAGGAUUCGUCGAACGCCUUGUUCUCAAGAACAAUAAGAUCGGACCCGAAGGCUGGAAACACAUUUGCCUCUUCAUCUACCUCUGCCGAACGCUCAAAUUUCUCGAUGUAUCCACCAUCCCCUUUCCUCGACCUCCCGCAUCAGCUCAAAAUGGAAAUGGUCACACUCAUCAUUUGCUGAGGCAUUCCAGUGAUGAGCGACCCCAGAACAUCGCAGCAACACUCUUCUCCAAGGCUAUUGGUGAAAGAUUGGCUGGGUCCACACUCGAGCUCGUCAAUUUAGGAGAGACCAACCUGAAUCCGGAUGAUCUCGGAGUGAUAAUCGAUGGUAUUAACCAGUGUGGCGUCAAACGUCUGGGCCUUGCUCACAACAAUAUUGAUGAUAAGGGCCUGCAACACGUUGCCAGAUACCUCUCCCAGAGCUUUUGCGAGGGCCUGGAUCUUGGCGGCAAUGAUCUCCGAGAUUACAUGGACGUGAUUGCGAACGCGAUCUCAGAAAAGGAUUCUUUGUGGGCACUCAGUCUGGCUGAAUGCAACCUUAAGCCCGGUUCACUUUGCAAAAUCUUCCCCGCGCUUGCGCAGCUCAAGGACUUUCGCUUUAUCGACCUUUCUCACAAUCGGGAUCUAUGCAAAUCUGAUCCUAGUGCUAUUGGUCUCUUGCGCAAAUACAUACCGAAGCUCAAUGGUUUGCGUCGCAUCCACCUAGCCGAUGUUGCCAUGACUUCUGAGCAGGCAAUCGCUCUCACAGAGAUCCUUCCCGAGGCGAAGCUACUAGCACACAUUAGCUUCCUUGAGAAUCCAGAGUUGGUCAAGCUUACGGAUGCCAAGACUGAGGAGACUCAGGAAGAAGCAUGCGCCUUGUAUGCAUCCUUCUUGGCUGCCACACGAGUCUCCAAGUCGAUCGUGUGUGUCGACAUUGAUCCCCCUGGCGACAACUCUGGCGAGAUUGUCAAGGCUUUGGCCAAACAGGUUGUGGCAUAUUGCUUGCGGAACAUGGAUCGCUUCCCCAUGGGAGACAUCAGCAAUGUUAUAUCCACGGUUCUGGCCGAGACUCAAGGGCCUCAACCUGGUGGCCCAAUUCCUCCUUACCCCGAUGUGCUUGCACACUUGGUUGGCCACGACGUGCUGAGAGACGAUUCCUCAGACAACGAGUCGGCCCCGGAUGAUGACUACGUCAUCGGUGGAACGGGAGUUGUGAAGGCCCUUACGUGCUGCCUGAAGAACAGAGGAGAUGAGUCGAGAAGACAGUCUGGCGAGUUCAUCCGAGACUUUGAAGAUGGCGUGCCAGUGCCGGCAAGCCCUCGACCGAAGCUUCCUCCUGGAAAGGCCAAAGACAUGUCGAAGCAUCUCCUUGCAAGCGCUCGCAAGAUUCGCCAGCGAUUGCAGCCUGCCUUGUCAAAGGCUAGGGUCAACCCUGAAGAAGAUGAACACAACUUGCGCAAGUUGAUGUUCCUCGACACCACACUGGCCAAUAUUAUCAAGCGAUUCGAGGAUGAGUUCCCCGACACUCGAGUGUCGACCGACGAAGCCUCGGAAAGCACAAUGCCCAGCCAAAGCGAUCGGCUGGGCACAUCAUUGUCCUCUACCGAAGACCCUGACCAAGGAACUAUUCCUUCAGAUCCCGAAGAUGAGACUGGCUUGCAAGUCCGACCUGGUCUGCCGCGCACGAACUCCACGUUGUCGCAUACGUCCAAGGCGCUCAUUGAGGAAGAAGGCAGAAUUCACAGAACUGGUCACAAGAUUCGCUCCGGCAUCAUCAAGCCUGAAUACUAUGGCUUGCUCAGUGGCGUACUUGAGGUCGGCCUCGAUCCCAAGCAUACCGCCAUGCUUCACCAGAUGAUCGAAGAGAUUGAUGACGCGGAUUUGACUGAGAAGGUUGAGCAGAAGGGUAUCAUGCGCGUUUUCCACGAGGACCGCGAUCAAGUCCGUGAAGGACUGCGGGCAUUGGAUCCCCUGCAUUGGGAUCGCUUUGUCGAGAGUCAGGAGAAAGCAAGGGGGAACGUCAAGUCGAGCAUAUCAAAUGCAGUCAAGCCGGCCGACGAGGUUGCUGUUGAGGACUGA